UUGACUGGAAAAUUAAAAUUAAAUAAUCGUAUGUCGUACGAAGUCGUCUCUGACGUUGGAAAACAUAAUUUGUAAAAUUAGCUGUUCACUGAUGUUGUACAAUGGGUGACUUGAAACUUUUUGAUUUUGUGGUGGUAGGAGGUGGCAUUGCAGGAAUAUCAGCAAUUGAACAGAUUUGUCUUCAAAUUCCGGAGUCUACUGUAUUAUUGUUAACUGCCAGUGCCUUCGUGAGAGUUGCCACAGCAAAGUUAAGAAUAACUUCUCAUAUAGAAGAACUGCAAAUUCAAGAGGAAGCAGUUAAAGAUUUCCACAAAAGAUAUCCUAAAGUAACUGUUAUGAUAGCCAAGUUGGAGACCAUCUACUCAGUGUCGCACUCAAUCAAAACCACAACUGGUACAACCUAUGGAUACAGGAAAAUCUGUAUUUGCUCUGGCUCUAUUCCUAAAUUGGUGAAUUUUGACAGCCCUAAUAUUAUUGGAUUAAGAGACACAGAUUCAGCUGUAGAUUUGAAACAAAGAUUGGAAAAGUCAAAUCGCGUGUGCGUACUUGGCAACGGAGGGAUCGCUACAGAAUUAAUUUAUGAACUGAGAAACAUCGACGUGAUAUGGGUUAUCCGUGAUAAAUAUAUUGCCUCCGCAUUUGUGGACAGUGGAGCUGCUGAAUUUCUUAUGAACUGUGCUGAUGCGGAUAGGACUGGAGACCAGCACUCUAAAGAUUUACGAUACACUACUUCGUACAUCGCUACCGGUACCGGGAAAGAUGUUCCGGGAUGCGCUUUGGGUCCUAACUGGCACUCAAACCUGGAACUCACUGGGGCUCUCGCUAAGAAAAACCUUACAAUUGAAUUUCAAACGUUUAUUAAAGACGUAAAUGAAAAGAAGCCAGACUCAUGCCAGGAAAUGGAUGAAUGGCCCGUUUACGUUACUCUGAAUAACGGUAAGAUCUUCGGCUGUGAUUUUGUAGUAAGCGCAACUGGAGUAUCACCUUCGAUACCAGAGAUCAAGGAGGGCACGCCUUUUGAACUAGGAAAAGAUGGAGGAAUGUUGGUGAAUCAGUCCAUGGAAUCAUCUGUCCAAGACAUCUAUGCUGCUGGCGAUGUUUGCACGGUUAACUGGGAUGUGGCUUUUCAUUGGUUUCAGAUGCGGCUAUGGUCUCAAGCACGACCAAUGGGAUCUUACGCAGGGAUGUGUAUGGCAGCCUCUUUUCUUAAGGAAGCCCCUCCACCGCUUGAUUUCAGCUUUGAACUGUUCACCCACGUUACUCGUUUUUUCGGAUUUCGUGUUGUUUUGCUUGGGUUAUUCAAUGGGCAGAAGUUGGAAGGAAGGUAUGAAGCACUCGUGCGCGUGACAAAAGGUGUCGAGUAUCUCAAGCUAGUUGUCCAGGAUGGUAAGCUGCAUGGUGCGGUACUAAUCGGGGACACAGAGAUGGAGGAGACAUUCGAAAAUUUAAUAUUGAACCAAUUAGACAUUUCUCAGUAUGGGGAAAAUCUCCUCAAUCCCGAUAUUGAUAUUGAGGACUACUUUGAUUAAUCCAAGGUCAACUUCAAUGAGACUUGACCAAACCAGGAAAGAUUUCCUAUGCAGUGUUUUUGCUCCAGCAUCUGUCUCAGUCUAAGUUUUUUCGAUGGCGCAAAUUGUGAAUAUAAUUGACUUCUGACAUUCUCGUGUAAAUAACAUGAGGAAUCACAACUGGA